GGUAGCGGCAGUGACAGCGGCAGCGACACGGACAUCCCGGCCCUCCGCGGGCCCGAGGGACGGAAGCUCGCCCGCUUUGGCGAGCCGGCGGAGCUCACCAGCCGCCGACUCAGGGAGAACCCUCGCCGGAACAUGAGGUACGAGUCGUCGCCGUCGCCAACGAGUGCCGAAGGCCUGCUCGCCCGCCAUGCGUCGGAGGCGGGGCUGCCCAUCCUGCCCAUCAACAGCACGACGGAGCACACCCACUGGAUGAUCGCGUGUGUGGUCGACGUGGUGGAAGAGCUAGAGGCGAGGGCGGUGCAAGCGCUGCUGUGCGAGCGCGCGGAGGAGGCCAACAUCGCGCGCCAAGAGGCAGAGGACUUCCUGCUGGGAGUGGAGGACCUCGUGCUCAACUCUCCAGACGCCUUCGUGAGGCCCCUGGCGUCGACCGAGCUGAGUACAGAAUCCCCCAUAGGCAAGCGUCGGAGUGACGUUGAAUCCCCCCCCAUGACCGUAGCCGGCGUUACCAAGUCUGUGUACAGAGAGGGAUGGGAACAGGCCAUGAGGGAAGAGUUUGAUGGGCACUUGGGCACGGGAACGUUUUCAUUCGUAGACGAGUACAUUGCUGCCGGGGAGGGUGUGAAGGAAGCUUUGUUUGUGCGUGCAGUGCUUUCGUUUAUUGCCCCAGAGACCAGUGGCAGCAGCAUUCAGGUCCUUGAGGACAAUCAGGGGGCUAUGGCUUUGGUGCAGAACCCCCUCAGCUCAGCGCGUAGCAAGCACAUCGACGUGAGGUACCACUUCAUUCGUGGAUUGUUCAGGUCGGGGGACAUCUCGAUCAAGUUUGUGUCGACGUCGGAGCAGCAUGCCGACAUGCUUACCAAGGCUCUUAGCAAGAGCAGUCUGCAGUACCACCGGCGCAAGUUGAUGAAUUUGCCGGAGUAG